CGGGCUUUUUUAGUGUUCGCUUCUACAGAAGCUGUUGAAGGGGGCUUUCCUUGCCCGCCUCAAUAGAUAGAAGCUGUUGAAGGGGGCUUUUAAUUGCCCGCCUCAAUAGGGUCUAUCUGUUGAAGGGGGCUUUUAAUUGCCCGCCUCAAUAGGCUACAUUAUAUUUUAAAAAAAUAAAACCACCGCCAAACAGAUCGAUAAGCUUCUCUUCUCUUCACAUCUCUUCUCUUCACAUCUCUUCUCUUCACCGCGCGACUCCACCACCACCAUAACCACCACCACCACCUUCCUCACCGCGCGGCUCCACCACCACCAUCUGAAGGAGAGUUUCCCCACCGUCGUCUUCCCUAUCUCGGUUGAUUCUGUUUCACACAGUGCCGCAAUAUAUCAAGGUUAGGUUAUAAUUGAUUCUUGUUUUGCUUGGUCUUAAAAUUCAGUUUCUCUUCAAUUAGUUGAGCAUAAUGAGUUGAUUAUGCAGAGAAUUUAGGCUAAUGUUUCAAUAUUGGAUGAAUUUACAAAUUAGGGUUUGAUAUUUGUGGUUUUUCUAGUUCAGUUACAAAAUAGAUGUUAGGUUAAAUUUUUCUAGUUCAGUUACAAAAUAGAAGUUAGUGAUAUGGGUUUUGUGUCUAAAUGAUGAAGGUCUCUUUUAUGGUGAUGGUUUAUGUAAGCUAUGUGAGUAGCUCGAUCCAAAGUAUGCAGAUGAAAUGAAGUGUUUGAACUUUUAAGUGGAGCGAAUCGAUAUGAAUCUGUUGAAAAUAUGUCUGCAUAAAAUAUACUCAUGUGUUCAUUGUAAUAUUGAUAGUUUAUUAAUGAUGUAAACUAAUCGUUGAUAUUGGAUUGUAGCUUUAUAGGCUCUAAAAUUACCAUAGCUUGAUGUAUUCACUAUAGUAUAUUGUGAUGUUUUUUGUACACGCUUAUCUACAAUAUUCUGAUGUAUGACAGUGGAGACUGUUGUUGCUGCUGCUUUGAUUUUCAAGUUCUUUUAGUUCCAUUUUUAUUAUGCUACAAUAUUGCUCUUGCUAUUGUUGAGUUCCUAUUCUGGGGUUUUGUGAGAUCGGAAACUGUCCAUAGACAGCUGCCUGUGGGGCUUUGACAGGUUCAACAAGGACUAAAAUAGGUGCAACAAUAAACUUUGUCACCUUCUACUUGGUUGCAUUGCCUGUACUAGUUGUUAUGGCAUUUUCGGUCAAGGUUGGAUUUAUCGGUCUGUGGUUUGGGCUCGCAGCAGCUCAACCAGCUGGUGUACCUGAUGCAACCAGCUGGUGUACCUGAUAUAGCCUGCUACAGUAUCUGAUAAUAACGCAGAUUGUAAACACUUCUUUAUUGCAAGUAUUAUGUUAACGGUGUGAAAAAAACUAGUCUGCCCCCCUAGAGAUUUUUUUAGUCUUUUUUUGUUUCUUGGUUAAAAAUUUAAUCAAGCCAGGUCGUCGAGCACCUGUCAAAAUUUGAAAAUGUAUGCACAGUCCGCAGCAAACCUCCGUGCCUCUUCCUUUGCCGAGGACCAGUCUCAUAUUAACUAGUUCUACUUACAAGGCUUUUGACUAUGGCUGAGUAUGAGUAGUGCCAGGUGCUUGUAGCUUAACUCUUGCAUAGUUGCAUGCAUAGGGGCUCAUUCAGUUAUCCAUCCUGUUGCAUGGAAACAAACUGUGGUUUGAUAUUUAACUUAAGAAAGGACUUUAAUAACCAAAUUAGGAGAUUCUAUAGCUAUGUUAUUUUAUGUGGAGCUUUUUCCUUUCUGUUACUUUUCAACUAAAUCUAAUAGCAUUUGCUUACUUCUAAUUUUCAAGGGAGAUGAAGCAUCAUUGCAAAAAGCGCUGCAUUUGGUGUACAACCUCAAUCAGGACUGUGUAGAUGUUCUGUUUUAUGCUUCUUGGUGCCAGUUCUCGAGGAACUUCAGACCAAGCUAUUCAACCCUGUCUUCCUUAUAUCCAUCUAUUCCUCAUUUUGCAAUAGAAGAAUCAGCCAUCAGACCAAGGACCGUAGCUACCAUGGAUGAUCAUCGUGAUAAUGAAAUACAGGGAAUUGAUGGAGCUAGUCAUCCUACGGGGGAAUCACAAGGUACCAACACUAGUAAAAAGACCAAAUUCCGUGGUCCGUCAAAAGGAGUUCAAGCCAAAAAGCCUAUGCAUCUUCAGUAUAAUCAAUAUGGAAUCCCCGAUGGAGAAUGGUCAGGAGAAUACGGGAAGCAAGUUGGGUCUUGUGCUGCUAGAAUUAACAUUAAUGUGAAAGAAUAUUCAACGUUAGAUGAACACACAAAGAAGGGGUUUUGGGAGGAGACCAAGCUUCUGUUCCACAUUAUUGAUGAUCCGGCUAAAAGGAGAGAAAAAUAUUUUCAUAUGUGUGUGGCGAAACGCUUUGGAGCUUUCAAGUCCAGGUUAACGCGGCGUUGGAUAACUAAGAAAGAAAAAAUGCCGAAACAUCAGACAAAUGACAUGCCUUGGGACAUCUACCAUCAAAUCACAGAGGAUGAUUGGAAAACAUUUGUGAUAGAACGAAACAAGCCGGAGAUGUUGGUUCGUAGAGAAAAAGCAAGUAAAAGUGCAUUACAAAACAAGCACCCACAUCGCACAGGCCAAAAGGGUUAUGUUAGAAAGAGACCAGAGUGGAUAAAUGAUGGGCGACUACCGCCAGAGGCAGCUUUAACCCUCUCAAGUGGCUCCUCCUCAGUGACCUCAUCACUCACCACAGCGCCAGAUAGAUUUAAGAAGUUUAGAUCAGUAGAGUGGAUCUUGGCUCAUCAAGUUAAAAACAAAGAGGGAAAGUGGGAAGUUGACCCGAAUGAUAAAGAAGCCGUAAAUAUUGCUAAGAUGGCUUUGGAGUACAUAGAAGAAGAGGGAAAAGGAAAUAUUUCAUUCACCCAGGGAGAAGAUGCCCUCACCAAGGCUAUGGGAAAAAAGGAUCACCGUGGGCGUGUCAAGGCAACAGGUGGAGUUAAUGUCGGUUACAAAGUUGCUUUCGGUCCAAUAGACCGAAGUAGUAGAUGUGGCCAUAUUGAACCAUCACCGGAGGCUAUCGAAUCAAUCAGAGCUUCGGUGAGAAGGGAGUUUGAAGAUCAAUUAGAGAGAAAGGUGGCGGAGGCCCUCCAAAACCAACUAGCCACAUUGAAAGCAACCGGUCAACUACACACCCUCUCUACCCCCGCACUUGAUUCUGCUCUUGUAAGUGAUGAGUUUGAUGUUAACCGUGCACUCGUAACCUGUUGUUCGAGUUCAUCGCAGCAACCACGCGAGCUGAAGGCCAUAACUCCAUGUCGUCUUGCCCUUGAGGAUAAAGUUUUGGGUAACAAAGUGAUAGUGGCAGAUGGUAUGGCGUACCCAUUGGAUGGUUCGUUGCACCAACACUUUAGAUCGAUGAAGCCUAGUCAUUAUAAGGUCCAAGUUGAUUGUAUUUACGACGGACAUGAUGAUGACACUCUUCCGGUACCUACUGGAGAUGGAUUCAAUAACUUAGGCAGGGCUCUUGCUAGUUUUGUGCAAUGGCCAAUUCACUUGGUGAUUUUCGAAGAAGACGAGGAGUACUCUACUCCACGCCCAACAAAGAAGUCCAGGAGUCAGAUUUUUGAAGAGGUGGUUGGUAGCUCCAAAGGGAAGAAAAACGAAUUAAUUGUCAAAGAGAAGACAACAGAAUUAGUUGUCAAAGAUAAGACAACAGAAUUAAUUGUCAAAGAGAAGGCAACACUUGAUUUAGGGUCCAAAGAGAAGACAACACUGAAGUUAACGGCCAAGGGAAAUUCAUGCUCAAAUAAGUUGGAGUCGAAAUCGAAGUCGAAGAACUCUAAGACGGCCAAAGAGAUGGUAGGUAGUUGUGAUCGUAAAACUGAAGAAUCAGCCGCCAAAAGUAAGAAGCAAAAUUUGGCAGACGACACAAUUCAAGGUCUUGGCCCAUCAUGCAAUUAUUUGAAGUUUAUCAUCAAUACGGCGCCCGGUGAUGUAUAUAAAAAUACUUCAAUCCCAUUGCCCGCUUCGGUUUGGCAUUAUGACGAAGAUCGACAAACUUAUGUAAAUGAGGUUGACGUUGAAGAGUUCCUUAGAGGGGCGUGCCUCAACAUUUCAGUGAUCCAAGUCUAUAUGAUGUGUUUAUUCCACGAACACACCUUUGCAUUUGACAACUCUCAGAUUGGGUUUGUUUGUCCCGAGGCAAUGUCAAGCUCUAGAAUCAAGGCCAACCCUCAGGCUGCAUCAAUGUAUUUGAAAGUAGUUUUCAAUGCUGAAAUUGAAAAGGAGAAGAAGGGUGAUCCUAACAUUACCAAGUGGUUUUUGAUCCCAUACCAUCAAGAAAAUCAUUGGAUUUUGUACGUGUUAGACCUACGUAGAGGUUGUGCGUAUAUUUUCGACUCUGCGAUAGGUUCCAACCGAGAAAAUAGUGCAUGGGGAAUCUUGUGUUUGGCAUACCAAGUGUACAAGUUUAAUGAUGGGAUUUGUCCGAAUAGAGCGACUAUGCAGGGGUUGAAAGGCUUCCAUGUAAAGUGUGCUCAACAAGUCGGCGCCCACGAGUGUGGCUAUUACGUUAUGAAGUUCAUGCAUGAAAUAGUCACGUUACACCAUAACACUGAUGAGCGGUUAGACAAUGCUUACACUCCAAGAAAUGCGCCUUAUACCGAUGAGGAAAUAGAUGUGGUUCGUGAGCAAUGGGCUAAGUUUUUUACAACCGAGUAUUUAUUUACUUAGGUUGUUUAGACACAAAGAUGGAAGCGUUUAUAUCUUCAUGGAUUUGGCUAGGGAUCGAGUCGAUUGGAAGAAAGUCAACACGACCUUACUUAAGGUUUGUAAUGCAUGAUCUAAAGGGACCUAAGUGGCUGGAUUAGAGACAUUUGUUAGAUUAGCUCUCUAGCCUUUUGUCUUUAGUUGUUAAUAUUAGUUGUAAUUUGUUAGACUAGCUAGGUGUUUAAAAAUUGUAAACAUACGUACUAUAUAUACGCUUUGCUCUGUUGGGUUAAUAUAAAUGAAGUUAAUGUAAUGAUUUAUUUAUCAAAGAUAAGCAGAUUCAUACCUUUGCUAUUUUGGUGUUGAUUGGGUACAGGUUUCAAUACUCAAUGGAGUAUAUAUCUAGUUGUGGUUAUUGCCGCCUAUUUUAUAUUUUAAAAGAAUUUGGAAAAAAAAAAAUUAAUGUUGUUGAAGGGG